AUGGAAUCGGCUCAACAAUGUGGUUGUAACGAUUGUCUCAGGACAGUACCGCCGCCUGACAUACCAAGGCCGUUAUGUCAAUGCUGUUGUCCGCCACCACCACCACAACGGACAAUCUUAUGCGGAGGUAGACAAAAAUUAGAGCCAUUGAAUAAACCAGAACCGGAGUGUAGUCCAAAACUCUGUUCAAUAUUUGGUAAACAUGACACAGAUCCAUAUCCAGAAAAACCAUGUAUAACAAAACCUAAAAAAGAAAAGAAUGAAAAUUAUAAUUCUCUUGGCUCACCCAUUGGUCUCGUCAGUUCCAAUGUUAAUUUCAAAAAUGACGGUAAGGGACCUGACAUUGCUGAGGUUCGUUAUGCCACGUAUUUGAAAGCGUUUGCUCGCUUACAUGUAAAUCCGGAAACUGUCUGGAAUUCAUUAGUUAUCGAUGAGGUGAUGAAAGACGGUCUUCUCUUAUGUUCUGCAUCUGAAAGAGAAGAAAAUCUACCUAUAUCUUCCCCCGAUAUAUAUGCCUCACAUGAACGGGGUAUAUUACGGGAAUUUGAACUGGUCGGAUGUAACUUUCAAGUUGAAUUGAUGGGCAAAUUUCGUUUGGUGAAAACAUCCACCGAUACGCCAGGUGAAGCAGGUGAUGGUAAUAAUCCAGAUUUGCCACUUGUAGAAAAUAUUAAAUCUGCUCUGAAGGCUUUCUUUCGCAAGCAUAAAUAUUGUUUGCUAUCAGUUGGACAAUUUUACGUGAUGAUCUGGCAUACGAGAGGAGCAUUCUUCAUAUUCGAUGUGGGCGGUCGUAGACUCUCUGAUUUCAAUUCGGAUAAGGAGAAGGGAGUAGCGAUGUUAAUAUGCUUAAAAACCUUAGAUAACGUCAGGCACUUAAUUUUAAAUUUAAGCGACUUAUCUAAGGAUGAUCCAUGCACUAUGCGUGAAAUGAAAAUCGUAAAAUUAGUCACGCCCUCUGGUAAUAUAAUACAAAGGGAAUAUGGCCCUCGACAACAUGAAUAUGAAAUUGCUAGUGAUGAUUAUGCCUAUCUGAAGGGAAAGUUACAUUUAUCCUUAAAUCGCGGCGAAUUACUACGCAAUCGUAGUGCUUUGCCAGCGGGUGUAACUGCUAUGUUAGUAUCGAAAAUUGACCAUCCAGCUACAUGGAAUAGAAAAAUGGUCGAUAAAAUUAUAUGCUUUGGUGUUAACUUUUGUCAAGCUUGUUGGAUUAAAUGUACCAGCACAGAUCCUAUAGAUGUUGAUGAAUUUCCAUCUUAUUUCAACAUUGGGCAGUUUCGAGCACAUAUAGAAUUAAUCCCCCGAAAAUACGAAGGUAUAUGGCGUUGUGUACCUGGUUACAAAUUUACGGAUUUGGCUCAAACUCUCGAAAGGGCUUUCCAAAUGGGUGACACGAAAUUGCUGUUCCAAAUUAAUUUCCAAAUGUAUGCCAUUUGGAAACAGAAUGAUUUCAUAUAUCUGUUCGAUCCAUUCCGUCAUCGAAUAGUGGGCAUGCCUAACCAGCCAAGCAAAGUAGAAGACAUGGAAAAGCAUGCAACUGUAAGAAUGUUUCGGUCUUUCGAUGUAUUUAUGACGGUCUUCAAUGCGAUAUUAUUAGAUUCGAAUAGAUCCAGCCCAUUCUAUUUACAUGUUCUGAAGAUCCGCAACAUACAAUUAAAAGAGAAAAAAGACGGUACACCUGCACCAGAAGAAGAACCCCAACUAGGUCCUGAUGGAGAAGUGAAGUCCUUAAAUGAAGUUAUUUGCUUUGAAGAAUCCGAGGAUAUGUGUCAAAAGAUGUUGGGCGAGAUUAGUGACUAUGAGGACGAGGACUUAUUCUCUGCUGUAUUUGAAUUAGAACUAAAGACAUCGUCUAGUGAGGUAGAAAUAAUGGAAGAGGAAGAAGAAGGCGGUGGAGGUCCACUUGAAGAACUGGAAGGUGUGGAAUCGUCAUCAACAGAUGAUGAGGAAGGUGCAAAAAAAGGCGGGAAACAUGGUAAAAGCGGCAAAGAUGGUAAAGGCGGCAAAGGCGGUAAAGGCGGUAAAGGUGGCAAAGGCGGUAAGGGCGGAAAGGGUGGCAAGAGCGGCAGGGGUGGUAAAGGCAAAAAAGGUAAAGGUGCCCAAGAUGUUGACGGUGAUGUAGACGAUGAGCAGGAGCAAAGAGAUGGCGGUACUAAGGGAAAGAGAGGACAAAAAAGCAGCGCACGAGCCAAACGUAUUUCCGCCGAUGAAUCAAAAGCAGCUCAAGGAGAACUAGAUAAGAAAAAGGAAGAAUUAGAUAAACAAAAACAAACGGAACAAGAUAAAAUAAAGUUAUCAGAAAUGGAGAGACAAAAGCAAGCAGAAUCCGAUAAAUUAAAGGCAGCGGAACUUGAUAGUAUGAAACAACAAACGUUUGGAGAUAAACUAAAGCAAGCUGAACAGGAUUAUCUAAAACAGCAAGAACUAGAUAAACUCAAAAAAUUGGAACAAGAUAAAAUCAAGAAGUUGGAACAAGAUAAACUCGAACAGUUGGAACAAGAUAAAUUGAAACAAGCAGAACUGGAUAAGAUAAAACAAGCAGAGCUGGAUAAAUUAAAACAAGCAGAGCUGGAUAAAUUAAAACAAGCAGAGCUGGAUAAACAAAAAAAAGCACCAGAGCUUGAUAAACAAAGGAAAGCAGAGUUAGAUAAGCUGAAGCAAGCAGAACUGGAUAAUAAGCAGAAGUUAGCAGAGCUAGAUAAAAUGAAGCAAAAUGAGCUUGAUAGACAAAGGCAAGCAGAAUUGGAUAAACAAAAACAACUGACAGAAGCAGAUAAGAUAAAGAAAGAGGAAUUGGAGAAACUAAGGCAAGCAGAACUCGAGAAACAAAAGCGCGGGGAAAUUGCCAAACAAACUGCUAUGCCGAAGGGAGAUCUUGCGUAUAAGAAACCGGAAUUAGAUAAAACAAAGCGCACAGAGCAUGAAGCUGGGAUGGACAUGUAUAAACAAUUGAAAGCAGAACUGGAAGAGCAAAAGAAAGCCGAACAGGAACUACAAAGGGAAGAAGACCUUGCGAAGCAAAAACAAGCUGAACUGGAUAGACAAAAGAUAGAGGAACUGGAAAAAUUAUUAAAAGAAGGAAAAGAAAAACAAAUGGAAAUGGAAAAAGAAAGGCAAAAAGACCUCGAAAAAUUACUUCAACUAGAAAGGGAAAAAGAGAGAAAACUUAAAGAUAAGGCGAAACGUUGCGCCGAACGCAGAGAUGAGGCGACUGAAGCUGACGAUGAAUGUGAAGACUUCUUUAAAGAAAGCAAACGUUUCGUCACAGCUCCUAACCCUAAUCGGUAUCCUGGUUUUGCCCCCAAAGCUGCCGACAUAGUAGUGGUUGGCUCUGAAACUGGCAGUUAUAAUAGUCUAUGCAAAUUGAUAAGUGCCGGCUUUCGCGCCGCUGAUCGUAUCCUCGUCAUGACACCGUGGGGCAACUUUGUUCUCUUCCGUUGCGAGAAUAAAAAGAAUAAAGAUAUAAGAAACUAUUUUCUAUUUGAUGGCUGCACUUGCAACGUUAACCGUUUCCGUCAUUUGGAUUUAAGUGUUGGUACAGCAGGCCUUUUGAGCUUCAAGGAGGUCAACGAUCUAAUCGAAUAUAUACGCCGAGUACGUAAGCAACGUCACAGAAGAACGGUUACGAAAUGUACCGCUAAUGAAAUUUGCAAGCAAUAUUGCGUAUAAGAAUGUGUUUCAUUACCGUU